AGGCCUAUCGAUUCUUAUCGAAUCGCAACGCUACAGAUGACGCACGAAGAGAACAAAGAUGGCGAUCCCGAGCACACGAAAAUUAAAACGAGCUGAAUGAUAAAUAAAGAAUUUUUUACCUAUAGUUGAAAUUCGCAUAAGCGCAGUGAACUAAAUUAGUUAAUAGAAGUGUCAUGCAUAUUUGCAAUGUGUAAACGAAGAGUUUAUCGCAAAACGUUUUACUUUAUCUGUGCAUUUUGAUAUAAUCCCAAAACACAUAAUCUUGCUACUAGUUGAAGUCGACUGGACGACAUUACAAAAAAAAUUGGGUAAACUUAUCAAACGCUAUUGAAAACACAAGGAUUCUCGGUAUUAAUACGAAAGAGAUAUGUAUAUGUAAUAUAUACGCUGCUGGUGGCUCAACGUCAACACUCGCUGCAACAAAAGGAAUUGCAUACAUAUAAUUAACAGUGGAUAUUAGGAUAUAUUGCUGAAAUGGCGACCAGUGACGAUGAGCCGAUGCACUUGUAUGAGGUGUUCCAGAACUGCUUCAACAAGAUAGCCAACAAGCAACCCACGGGGACGGUUGGCGCGGAUCGCGGCGGCGGCGGUGGCUACCACUCGCCGUACGGCAGCCUGGGCGUGGAAAAUGGCAUGUACCCCAGUGACUUCAACUCGAUGCACGAUGCCGUGAACGGCGGCAAUAACCGAUAUGCCAACGCCUCGACCGUCGAUCAGUAUUUCGAUUCAGCUGCCGCUGGCAGCGGAGGGGCAUGGUGUCAGCCGCAGAUGGGCAGCGCCAAUAGCUACAUGGGCCAGACGGCGUACCAGAAUAACGGCCCGCUCUCUGGCCACUCCAUAGACCAGCAGCAGCAGGUGCAUCAGGCGGACGGACUGGGAAUGGGCGGAGGUGGCGGUGGCGGCGUCGGCGCCGAUGGUAUGCACUGCCCGGUAACCACGGGCCUGCCGCCGAUCAGCUCUUUUCGUGCCACCUCCGGUGGAAUUGGAGGACCUGGUGCCGGGCAGCAGGCACCAGUGAACGUUAAUGUGAAUCCCCCAGCCGUGUUCAACUCUCCGCAGGCCCACAACCAUAACCACACAGUACAAGCACAGCACAGUGCACUGUCCACGGCUGGACCGCUUGGCCAUCACUCGCUCAACCACACGCCGCACGCACAUUCCCACACACUCCCGCUCCCGCACGCCCUGCCCCAUGGCCAUCCCCUUCCACACCCCCACCACAGUCAGCAGAACAGUCCUGCCGUGCAGAGUUCGGAUGCGUUCAGUGGUGCCGGGGCCAGUGUGAAGGUGGCCGGAGCUGGUAAUUCCUCGGCAGCGGCACUGCGGCAACAGAUGUACAUGCCGGCGGAUCAAAGUAUUAGUAGUUUCGGCUCGAACCCCUCCACGCCCGUCAACUCGCCUCCGCCGCUGACCCAGUCGGUGGUGGGCGGCGGAGAGCCGUCCGUGUCCGGCGGCGCUGGUUGGGGUCACUCGGUGCUAAAUGGCGGACCCAGCUCGAGCUACGCCAGCGAAAUGGUUCCUGUGUCCAGCUUGCACACCAUGGCCUCGGUGUUCCAAGGCGUUCGCAUGGAGGAGCGAUUGGACGAUGCCCUGAACGUGCUGCGGAAUCACUGCGAGCCCGAGAUGCUGGCCGGCGUAAAUCAGUCGCUUGCCUCGAUCGACAACAUUGAUGCGCUAACCUCGUUUGUGCCCAACUCACCAUCGCAUCUGGGAAGCGGUGGGAACUCUGGCUCGGUCAGCAACACGUCCAAUGCAGCACUGGUGCACGAGGUUCUGGCCUUGGGCGCUGCUGCCGCCGGGACAUCCGGCCAAUCGGUGGGCGGGGCAGGAAGCCUGGCCAGUCUGAAACUCGAUCGCAGUGCGUCCACGUCCUUGCCUAAGCAAACGAAAAAGCGGAAAGAGCACACAGCCAUUAGCAAUUCGGUUCCGGCAGGAGUGUCCACCACCUCGAGUUUGACCAGCCUUGACAUUUCGGACACGAAGCCGACCAGCUCCAUUGAAUCGUCGAAUUCGGGACUGCAGCAGCAUUCGCAGGGGAAGGGAACGAAAAGACCGAGACGCUACUGCUCCUCGGCGGACGAGGAUGACGACGCCGAGCCGGCAGUGAAGGCCAUUCGCGAGAAGGAGCGGCGGCAGGCAAAUAACGCACGCGAACGUAUCCGCAUUCGGGAUAUAAACGAGGCGCUGAAGGAGCUGGGCCGCAUGUGCAUGACGCACCUGAAGUCCGACAAGCCACAGACGAAGUUGGGGAUCCUAAACAUGGCCGUCGAGGUAAUCAUGACGCUGGAACAGCAGGUACGGGAGCGCAACCUGAAUCCCAAGGCGGCGUGCCUAAAGCGGCGCGAGGAAGAGAAGGCCGAGGAUGGUCCCAAGCUAAGUGCCCAGCAUCAUAUGAUACCGCAGCCGCAGCAGGUGGGAGGCACGCCUGGCAGCAGCUACCACAGCCAGCCAGCGCAACUUGUGCCGCCAUCUUCGCAGACCAUCAGCACCAUGACCAUAUCCCUACCCGUCAACCAGGCCAACAACGGCCUGCCACCCCACUUGCAGCAACAGCAGCAGCAACAAUCACAGCUCGGACACGCCCAGCUUCCGCAAUAGCAUGCACCACCCAGGAAUCCCUUCUGGAAAUCGUCGUCGUCCCUCUCUUCCAUAAAAACCGAAUGUAUUGAAGGCUCCACGGCCAAGUACUCAGAUAACUUGGAAAUGGAGAAUCAGGUUUUAAGCAAUAUGUUCUGGCGUUGUCGUCCUCCCAAAUUGCAACCACAACCCCUACAAAAUGUACAACACUUUUAACACACAACAAAAGUAAAUGAGAAGAAAACACACACAAAAAAUGAAGAAAAAACGAAAACAAACGCCCAAAUGAUUGCCAAUCCACACACAGAAUUGCUCUUUUUAAAACGAUUGUAUAUAGCUGUUCCAUUACGUUUAACCUGGGAAGAUCUUUUUCGUUUUUUAGAAUGUUUGAUUUAAUAAUUAUUUGUUUUAUUUUGUGCGAUAUCACCGUAGCCAUAUUUUUUAUAUACAAUUACAUGCAUACAUAACGACAUAAUUAAGUGAAAAUAGUUUUAUAAUAAAAAAAAACACAACACAUAGACUUACUUCUAUAUAUUCCCGAGAGCUAAGGAAUAAAUAUGUCCAUAUUAAUAUUUUAUAUUGCGUUACAAUGUUCUUCUUAUGUGAUUACAGAGAAUAUUUGCACAUUGCGGUAACCACGGAAUUAAUCGUUAUCUAAGAUUAGCUGGUAAUUGUUGUAGUAUCUUAAGGCUUCAAAGAGACACGUUCACGUGUUGUAUCAUUUAAUUAAUUAUAUAUUUUCGCGCUAGGGUAGGGCAAUCGGAAUUAAGCGUGUGAUGCCAUUAUAAUCUUAACUGAAAUUGAAGAGUGAAGCCAACUUGAUUUCCCCGAAUGUGUGCUUUAUUUUACAGUGACAGCGCUUAAACUUAACAGCAGACUCGUUAAGGCACUGAAUUCUUAUAUAUUACAUAAAGUGACUCGAAAACUUUCUCGGUGAUUUUCAGUCCAACUUUGCCAAUCAUUUCUUAGCUUUCGUAUGUGUUUUACACCGCUUACGUACUUCAUUGAAACAAUUUACCUGUACAAUCUUUAGACUUGACUUCUUUGAUUUCGUUAUGAAUAAAUGGUAUAAUGUAAUGUUUAUACCUAAUAAUA